AUGACAAAGUACCUGGGAGUUACUCUUUUCAAGGAGACAGAGCAGCUAGGGGGAACCAACAACCUCAGGCUUCCAAAAGCAGGGCCAGAAACAUGUGAGCCACGGCUGCUGUGGACUCUGCGCAUGGUGACCUCCAUCUUUACUCAGAGCCAGGACAAUGGACCUCAGAUAGACUCGGUCCUCCAUUUCUAUUUUCCCAGAAGAGAGCAGAGUGACUGGCACAUGGUUGAUGCUCAGUACGAGUUUAUGGACACGGUCCCGCUCCCAACCAGUGUCUUCCAGGUUGCAGAAAGAUUGCAGAAAAGAAUAUGUGCACUGUGCCCCACAGACCUCAAGUGUAGUGUCCUGUACUUGCAGUCAGAGAAUAUAGCUGCUCAUGAAAACUGUUUGCUGUAUUCCUUGGCAGUUGUGGAAAGUGAGGACCAUGACCCGUAUAAUAAUGAUAGAAAUUUUGAUGUGGAAUCAGUAAAGAAAGAAAUCAAGAGAGGAAGGAAGUUGAAAUGCAUGCUUUGUAAGAAAGCAGGAGCCACGGUGGGAUGUGACUUAAAAUCCUGUUUCAAGAAUUACCUUUUCUGUGCCAAGAAUGACCACACAGUUCUACAAGCUGAUGGACUUAAAGGAAUUUAAGUGUUUUGCCAACAACAUGCUGACCCUCAAAAUGAUCUACCAUCAGUAAAGCCUUUGUCUGCCUACUUUUCAGGAGUGAAAACAAAAAGAGGAAGGAGAAAACCUCUCUCAACAGGCAAUCCUGGCAACAGGCUCCCACCUCAAAGAAUGGCCCUGAAGAAGGAAGUGGACGGCAGACACACAGGCGCAACUGUGAAUGCUGCUUUUCUUAAGAAAUGUAAAGAAGCAGGGCUUCUUGACGCUUUACUUGAAGAAAUAUUAGACAAACUUCAUUUGAUUCAGGAAAGACUCAUGGAUGAGACUACUUCAGAAUCAGACUGUGAAGAAAUCAGGACUUCACUUUUUGACUGGAGAUUGUUUGAAGACACACUUGCAAAUUUUCAAGCAGCAACUGAGAAUCAAAUUCGUCAAUCUGAAGAGAGGUGGUGGCAGCUGAUGGAAGAGAUUGAGCUACUCCAGGACUUAAGCCUUGUACUCCCAGCAUCCGUCAAGUUCCACUUCAGAUUCUUCUCUGUCUUCUUAAGAAGGACCAUUUCCUAA